ACAGACGCCGCCGGGCUGCCGCCAUGAACAACAAACUGUGGCUGUGCGUGGCAGCAGCGUUCCUGGGGAUCGCGUGGGCGGCGCCCAGGGAGGACCGCCCCUUGGUGGAGGUGGCGCAGGGGAAAGUUCUCGGGGAGUCGCGGCAGGACCACGGGGUGUUCUAUCUGGCCUUCGAGGGGAUUCCUUUCGCCAAGCCUCCCACACACAAUAUGCGGUUCAAGGACCCCGAGCCGGCCGAGGAGUGGAAGGGGGAGCUCGACGCCUCGAGCCUCCCGCCGCCGUGCGCGCAGUUCGUCCUCGGGGGGAGGGAGGACUGCCUCUACCUCAGCGUCUACGCACCUCAGAAUGCCUUAGAAGCCAAGGAGCCCUUGCCAGUUAUGGUGUUCAUCCACGGCGGAGGCUUCUACUUGGGCGCCGCCCUGAACAACCAUGGAUUCCAGCCCAUGGUAGCGAAGGGCGUCAUCGUAGUGGCUAUGCAGUACCGCCUUGGUGUUCUCGGGUUCCUGUCAACGGAGGACUCAGUUGCCCCGGGCAACCUUGGACUCAAGGACCAAACCCUUGCCCUCCGCUGGAUCAAGGACAACAUCGCAUCCUUCGGUGGGGACAGCGAGAGAAUCACCCUCUACGGAGGAAGCGCCGGAGCGGCGUCCGUCCACUACCAGAUGCUCGCCCCGCCCGCGGCAGGUCUGUUCAGCGCUGCCAUCCUUCAGAGUGGUUCUUCCUUCUGCCCCUUCGCCAGGGGAAGGAACUUCUUGCAGGCGGCACAGAAGAUAGCUGCUAGGUUUGACUGCCCGAUAGAGCCAAGCGAGUUGCUCGUGACGUGUCUGCAGUCCGUCAAUUUCCACCUGCUGGACGAAAUGUAUUUCACCUUCUUUGAAUGGAAUGUCCAGCCUUUCACCUUUGCCCCGCGCGUGGACGGCGUGUUCCUGCCCGACGAGCCGGUGACACUAGUCCGCGAGGGGCGCUUCCACCGCGUCCCGGUCAUGAUGGGGAUCAACGCCAACGAGAUGGCGCUGCAGUCCGUGGAGAUGUAUGCUGAUCAGCUCCUGAUAAACAGCCUAGAGAGCAACUUCGAGGUGACGGGCCCCGUGAGCCUCGGGUUAUUCGACGACGAGGAGCCUGUCAGCACCGCCGCCGUGAUCUAUGACUACUAUCUCGGAGGCGUCAACCUCGGAAAGGAAAACGUUGAUAACGUUACUCAGAUGUUUACCGAUGGUUACUUCUCCGUACCGCAUGAUUGGCUCACUAUGCUUAUGGCUGACCAAGUCCCGGUGUACACAUACGAGCUGCAGCAUCGAGGUGAACACGGAUACACCAAUAAUUACCUCGACCUCGGCCUCGACCUCCCACAAGCUGCAAAAUAUGUGUCCCACGGUGACAACAAGCAGUACAAUACUCAGCCUGGAUACGGCAAGCUCAACGCCACGGACGACAUCGCCGUCGGGGACUUCAUCACCACCACAUGGACCAAUUUCGCCAAGACAAGGAACCCGACACCUGACGACUCCCUGGCACUCACCUGGGAGAUGGCCACUUCCGAGAACCUGAGGCACCUGGCCAUUACUCCCGCACCAGCCAUGGAGGACGACAAGCGAGCCGUGAACAGGGCCUUCUGGCGAACUCUGCCGCUCAGAAUCAAUGCACUCAUGAACGCGUAGAACCAUCUUCUCAGAGUCGAGUGCAUCGCAGUAACGACCGCUUACACAUAUUGCAGAGUGAUACUCGAGAUUUUGUACGGAAUGGGUUAAAUAAAUAUCCAAUACUAAAAUGCA